UGAAGUCAGUAAACCACAGCCUUCAGCAUGCUCUGCUCAGGCAGCAGCAGUGGCUUCUCCGCGGUAUCUCAGCCAUGACACACAUUUGACAUGCCCUCCCUCGACCUACUCACAGAUUGUUUCCCUUGCUCUGCAGCAUGGACCAAAGAGAAAUUCUGCAGAAGUUCCUGGGUAAGGCCCAAAACAAGAAAAUCAACAAGGAGGAGUUUGCCAAUGAAUUUCUGAAACUGAAAAGACAGUCUACUAAGUACAAGGCAGAUAAAACCUACCCUACAACUGUGGCUGAGAAACCCAAGAAUAUCAAGAAAAACAGAUAUAAGGAUAUUUUGCCCUAUGAUCAUAGCCGGGUAGAACUGUCUCUGAUAACUUCUGAUGAGGACUCCAGCUAUAUCAAUGCCAACUUCAUUAAGGGAGUUUAUGGGCCCAAGGCAUAUAUUGCCACUCAAGGUCCUUUACCUACAACUCUCCUGGACUUCUGGAGGAUGAUCUGGGAAUACAGUGUCCUGGUCAUUGUUAUGGCUUGCAUGGAGUUUGAAAUGGGAAAGAAAAAGUGUGAGCGCUACUGGGCUGAGCCAGGGGAGAUGCAGCUACAGUUUGGCCCUUUUUCCAUAUCCUGUGAAGCUGAAAAACAGAAAUCUGAUUAUAUAAUCAGGAUUUUAAAAGCCAAGUUCAAUAGUGAAACUCGAACUAUCUACCAGUUUCAUUACAAGAACUGGCCAGACCACGAUGUGCCCUCAUCUAUAGACCCUAUUCUAGAGCUCAUCUGGGAUGUGCGUUGUUACCAGGAGGAUGACAGAGUUCCCAUAUGCAUUCACUGCAGUGCUGGCUGUGGAAGGACUGGUGUUAUUUGUGCUGUUGAUUACACAUGGAUGUUGCUAAAAGAUGGGAUAAUUCCUGAGAACUUCAGUGUUUUUAGUUUGAUCCAGGAAAUGCGUACCCAGAGGCCUUCAUUAGUUCAAACUCAGGAACAGUAUGAACUGGUCUACAGUGCUGUAAUAGAACUAUUUAAGAGACAGAUGGAUGUUAUCAGAGAUACACACUCUGGAAUAGAGAGUCAAGCAACAUAUUCAACUCCUGAGCAAAAUUCCACUCCACAUACAGAUUUUUAUUCUCCUAACUUACCAAAAAGCACCAUAAAAGAAGCAAAGCUGAUGAGCCAACAGAGCAAGCAAGUGACAAAGGUGGAAAAUACAGAAACUUCUUCCUUUGACUUUAGAACUUCUGAAUUAAAUGCAAAGGAAGGGUUAGUUUUGUACCCUGCAAGAUCAAGCACUUCUUUUGACUUCUUGGAGCUAAAUUAUGAUUGUACCAAAACUGCUGACACAGAGAUGAAAUGGCAGACAAAGACAUUUCCAAUAGUUGGGGAACCUCUUCAGAAGCAUCAAAGCUUGGACUUGAGCUCCAUCUUUGGGAGAGUAUGUUCUAAUUCUACACCUGUAAAUGCAGCAGGAAGAUAUUUGAAUCCAAAGGGGCCAAUAACACGGACCAAAUCAACUCCCUUUGAAUUGAUACAGCAGAGAGAGACCAAGGAGUCGGACAUUAAGGACAAUUUUUCUUAUUUGGAAUCUCAAUCACAUGAUUCCUGUCUUGUGGAGCUGCAGUCUCAAAAAGCAAUGCAUGCUUCUUCAGCAGAACUGAAUUAUUCAUUGCCAUGUGACCCUAAGCAGCAAAUGUGGAAAACCUCUAAUGUAAGCCAGCGUGACUCUAAUGCUUCUAGUGUUCACUCUUACAUGUCUUUGGUUGAAGAUCCUUAUUUUUCAUCACUGCCUUCAAGUAGUGCUGGUUCUCAGAUGUCUCUUAACUUACCUGAGAAGCAAGAUGGAACUGUUCUUGCUUGCUCUUUGUUGCCAACAUCCUCUACGACCCUCUUUUCUUAUGACAAAUCACAUGAAUCUUUAGCACUGAAUCCUCAGAUCAAUUUUCCCCCACCACUGAACCAAGAGACAACUGCAGUGGCAACUUCUCUGAGGAUAGAUGAUGAAAUUCCUCCUCCACUUCCUGAACGGACACCUGAAUCUUUUAUUGUGGUGGAGGAAGCUGGAGAAUUCCCAGCAAGUGUCCCCAAAUCCUCAUCUUCAGCAGUAAAAGUGAAAAUCGGAACAUCAUUGGAAUGGAGUGGAACAUCUGAAUCAAAGAAAUUUGAUGACUCUGUGAGACUUAGACCAAGUAAGAGUGUAAAACUUCGAAGACCUAAAUCAGAUUUACAUCAAGAUCAUUAUCAAGAUCGUUCUUCUUCCCCACCACCGCCACUCCCAGAAAGAACACUAGCGUCUUUCAUCAUUGCUGAUGAAGAUUGUAUACAGGCCCAAUCUAUAAAAGCUUAUUCUACUAGCUGUCCUGACACCAUGGAAAAUUCAACAUCUUCAAAACAGAUACUGAAAAGUCCUGGUAGAAGCUUCACAAGAAGUAAGAGUUUGAAAAUUUUGCGAAACAUGAAAAAGGGUAUCUGUAAUUCUUCCCUACCAAGCAAGUCUGCAGAUUCUGUUCAGUCAAAUAACUCCAUCUCCUUUCUGAAUUUUGGUUUUGCAAAUCGUUUUUCAAAACCCAAAGGACCAAGGAACCCACCACCAACUUGGAAUAUUUAAUACAACUUGGAUGUAUAAGAAUACAGGCUGUGGUCUAUCCUGCAUCUUUUCCCCUGAAAACCUCAUGAGG